CUGAAGAAGAGGGACUUCAUUAUAACUACUGUAGACUUUGAUGAAAUUCUGGGACAAAUCAAGGAAGAAAUGAAAAAAGUUCUAAAAUCAAUUGAAGAUGCUCCACUUAAAGAGGAAUAUGAGGAGCUUAAAAAUACAUCUAUAGAACUUGAAACCCAGAUAUUCAAACUAAAUGAGGAGAUAAAAAGACUCAAGGUAGAAGAUUCUCCUCAACAAAAACAGUUAGAGUAUGAAAAGGCAAAAUCAGAAUGGCGGAAAAAUCUGAUAGAACAGUAUCACAAAACCCUGCUGCAAGUUCCUACAACACCUUUACAACCAAAAAGUGAAAAAUGUAGCUUUAAUGAGAUUUAUAUUAGGCCCAAAAUAACGAGGGAAAUAAAAGGAGAAAAGGGUGAGACAAGGGAGGUGGAGGUUGAAACAAUGUCAGAAGUCUUCACAAAGAAGGGAGUUCCCCAAAAAUCUGUUUAUAUUCUAGGAGAUGCAGGUUCAGGAAAAACUAGUUUUUGUAAAUAUCUGGUCAACUGUUGGUGUUUGGCACACAGUGAGGAACAUGAAGCUGGCAAUGAAAACGAAGAUGGCAAUGGUAAAUCUGACGGUGACAGUGAAAAACAUGGAGGUGACGGUGAAAAACAUGGAGCUGGCAAUGAAAAUAUAAAUGGCAGUGGUAAACCUAAAGUUGACAGUGAAAAAUAUGGAGGUGAUUGUGAAAAUCAUGGAUCUGACAAUGAAAAUGAAGAUGGCAAUGGUAAACCUGAAGGUGACAGUGAAAAACACAGAGGUGAUGGUGAAAAACAUGGAGCUGGCAAUGAAAAUAUAAAUGGCAAUGGUAAACCUAAAGUUGACAGUGAAAAAUAUGGAGGUGAUGGUGAAAAUCAUGGAGCUGACAAUGAAAAUGAAGAUGGCAAUGGUAAACCUGAAGGUGACAGUGAAAAACACAGAGGUGAUGGUGAAAAACAUGGAGCUGGCAAUGAAAAUAUAAAUGGCAGUGGUAAACCUAAAGUUGACAGUGAAAAAUAUGGAGGUGAUGGUGAAAAUCAUGGAGCUGACAAUAAAAAUGAAGAUGGCAGAGGAAAACGUGAAGGUGACAGUGAAAAACAUGGAGCUGGAAAUGAAAAUGAUGAUGGCAGUGGAAAACCUGAAGGUGACAGUGAAAAACGUGGAGGUGACAGUGAAAAACAUGGAGCUGGAAAUGAAAAUGAUGAUGGCAGUGGUAAACCUGAAGGCGACAGUGAAAAACAUGGAGGUGGCAGUGAGGAACCAGGAGGUGAUAAUGAAAAACAUGAAAAAAAGGGAAAUGACAUUGUAAAUGAAGAGGUAAAGGGGACACAUAGUGGAGACAUUGAAAACGAAGAGAGCAGUAAGACACAUCAAGGUGUUAAUGAGAAACGAGGAGAUGAAAAACAUGUGGGUGGCAUUAAGAAAAAUGGAAGUGAUAGUGACGACUCUGAUGGUGACUUAAUACACUCCGAAUCCGAUAGUGACAGUGAGGACAUUCAGGAUAAUAGUGAUAACUUAACACUAAUCGAAUCCCUGACUAAUAAGUUUAAAAAAUUUAAAAAAAAAUUAUCUGAAUAUGAUAGCGACUCUGAAUAUGAUAGCAAAAAUUAUGAACUUAAAUUCAAUGGUGUAAAAGAGAUGAAGAAAUUUGAUUUUGUAUUUUACAUCCCUCUUAGACAGUAUAAAAAAAUUGACAAUAUAGAUGAAAUGCUUCUAAAACGUUAUCAAAUGAAAAUGUUACACAUACUUCUUGAAGAAGAAUCCUCUAGAGUUAUGAUUUUGCUUGAUGGCUUAGAUGAAUGGUCCCUUGAAAAUGUCCCAGAACAUAGUAUCUUUAAGGAGUACACAAUAUUAACUACUUAGCGGCCAUAGAAAUUU